UCGUUUCCACAAAUCGAACUGUCAAAACCGUACAGCACGUUCGUAUUUACGUUAUUCACGAAACGCCGCUUUCAUGGACAUCGCACAGAAAAGUUGUGCCCAAAACUGAAUGUUGUGUACUUUGUGUUAAUUUCUGAUCGUAAUUUUCGUGCUCUUUGCUGCGUUGCGCGUACGUGCAAUCACUAUCAACCAGUUUGUGAUAAAUUGAACCCACCGAAAGGUUAGAACCAGGUCGCUUCGCUGUUGAAUAAUGGGCAGCAAGAACAAGAAUCGUAAAAAAUAUACCCCUACUACAAAUGGGGAACCUAAGCCGGUAGCACUGGGCGUAAAGACAGGCAUGAGGAAGCCGGCAAAGGAGGCUACCAACUCAAAAGCUAAAACAGUCUACCAAAUCCAGGAAGUGGAAAAAAAGAUUGAAAACAAGAAAAAACAGAACAAAUAUGCUUGUCUUGCGUCUAAAUCCACUCCAGUGAAUGGCAAUUCGAACGCGAAUAACGCGACCGCGAAGGAAAAUGGAAAGGAAACGGCACGAGCGGAGAAGAAACGUGCGAAAAAACGGGCCAAAAAGCGCAAUGCUAACGUGAUGGAUGAUGAUUCGCUCGGAGGCAGUGCAUCAGACGUGUCUGCCAAGCGCGAUCCGUCGGCAGAUGAUGGUUCUCCAGCGAAGCGAAGCCGUAAACUGGACAGCGAUUCCAGCGACACCCGCAACAACAAUGAAAAAUGUAGCAAAAGCAUAACCGUCAACGAUUCAUCUAAGAAGAAAAACAUUGCCGGAAAGGUUGCUUCAGGCGCGAAAGUUUUCCUCAAAGCGGCACAUUCUGGUGGCAAACCGUCUGGCGAGGAUCCGGUACCGCACAAAGUGCCAGUCCUGCAGUGCGUUGGUAUGGAAGAUGAUGCCAAGAGCGACUCUAACACUGACAGCGAUGAGGACGACUACAUUGAACAGUUUUUCGACGAACAGCCGGAAGCGAAACAGAAAAAAGGGUCUCAGAGCAAAAAACCGAAGAAACGGGCAAAGAAAGCGACCGCACAAAACGUGAGCCCGGGAGGGUGGGUGGUGGAGAACAACGAUUGUAGUCUGGAGUAUGGGGCCAGUUCGGACGAGGAACCUACUGACAAACCGACCGCCUCUCGGGCGACAGAAGGUCCAAAGAAGGUGGUGGCGUUCAAGCGAAAGGAACCCCCGGCGGGGGCGCAAGAGAACGAUGAGGAUGACGACGACGACGACGACGAUUAUGACACGUUCGAUUCAGAGGAAGAUGACUCCGAUUGGACCGACGACGAUGAAGAUCCAGAGGUCACUGAGUUCUAUGACAAUAUCUACGAUAUGUCCAAUGAAUCAGAGUACGAUGACUUCCUCCAAAAGGGAUACGAUAGCGACAGCUUUGACGGGAACAUGAACGGGGCCGAUAGCUACGAUGACGACUAUGAAUCGAGUGCCGACGAAUGUCGCUCGCCCAGAAACAGCUACAGUCGUUUUACCAGCGGCCAGCCGUACGAAACUGACAGUGAUGAUGAGGAUUACGAACCGCCGGAAGGUGACGAUACCGUUUAUAUUCCGCGUGGGGCGGCCGUUCUUCGCGAUCUGGACGAUGAUUCCAUUGUACACUUCGAUGCGUCGGGCAAAUACGCGCAAAUAGUGGAGCUUCCGGCUGAUUACGGCAUGGAGAAGGAGGGAAGCGACCUCGAUCAAACGGAUAAGCAGAGAGAAAAACAGGAAGAGCGGAAAAGCGAAAAUGUUGUCCAAGAAGAGGCAGAGGUCGUGGACGAUGGAGCGGAGAGUGACCGAUCAUGUUCACCCUUGCUGGAGAUAAGCCCCAAACCAACGACGUACACCUUUUACGAUGCAGUUGAUCUGCGAAUGUCGCUUGUGGUGCUGAAGGCUCCGCUCUAUAUCCACGGUCAUCUGUCCGUGCAGGCACUGUUCGGCAAGGUGGACAUUUUCGGCUACCAGUUGGAUAUGGCCGAGAAGCGUACAGUGUUUGCUUCCGGCGGUUACAAUGCGCUCAAUCUGACGCCGCUCCCCAGCCCGGACACGUACAGCACGGCGACGUUUGAGCGCAUCCUGAACAAGCUUAGCCGCCACUUCGUCGAGGCGGACAUGCAGCAGCUGGUGCGCGAGUUCAACCCGGUGGACAGUGCGCUGGUACUGCUGCGGGCGGACUCGUUCGAUGCGAACGACACCGUACCGAUGGUGUGCAGGCUCCUGCCCGAGUUCGAUCUGUUCCCGACGGCGCUUACGCUUAACCAAACCAGCUCACCGUUCCGUACGACGGAAACCCUGCUGGAGGUGGCGAUGUUCGUGCCCAGUCAGCCCACCGCCCGCAGUGAUGUGCCACAGUUUCAGCCGAAUCCGGUCUGGGAUACGGUGCCGGUAAGCGCGAACAGUCGGCUGAUGGUGGUGGGGGGUAAAAGUUCCGGCAAGUCCACCCUCUGCCAGUAUCUGAUCAACCGGUACAUUAAACAGUUUGGCCGGGUGCUGCUGCUCGAUCUCGACAUUGGUCAGCCGCUGCUGUUUGUGCCGGAAACGUUGAGCGUUAGCGUGCUGGAGGAACCGAUCCUGGGUGUGGGCUGCUUUGCCAAUGUGCAGCCGCGCCAGUGCAAGCUGUUUGGCAGCUUGAAUGUCGUCUCCUCGCCGCUGGUGUACGUGCAGAACGUUCGGUCGCUGGUGCAGUACUGCAACGAGGAUCCGGCACUGCAAGAGAUCCCGUGGAUUAUCAACACGAUGGGCUAUGUGGUCGGGUUCGGCGAGGAGCUGACGAUGGCGAUCGUGCGCCUGCUGCAGCCGACCGAUCUAAUUCAGCUGUCGUUUCCUAAGAACGUCAAAAAAUCGUCCACUCCCUUUUUGAAGCCGGAAAACUACGCCAACCAGCUGACCGCCGAGCUGGUGAACGGGUACAACUUUAACAUUCUAAGGGAGGAGGUGCAGCUGCAAUCGGCACCGGCCAACUAUCACUUCCAUCCGAUCGAUGUCGUGUACGAACCGAACAAAACCUCCUUUUUGCCGCCGAAACGGCGCACGAUCGCGAUGAUGGCACAGCUGGCAAGGAUUUUGAGCGAUACGGCCGAAACUUUCACCGACGUGAAGCCGCACAUGGCUCAUUUGGAUGAUCUGAGUAUUAUAAGCACGGGCGAAGAUUGCACCUCGAAGGAGAUGAUGAAGCGUGCGCUAAACGGUACGUUGGUGUACCUUUGCGAAAAGCUUGCAGCUGACCAGUACAAUUGUUUCGGUGUUGGAAUUGUGCGCAGCGUCGAUGAGAAGGAAAACAACGUGUACCUGUUGCACUCUCUUUCAUCGGAACAGCUGGCCAAAACGAAUGUGCUAGCGAUGGGCAGUACUAGCCUUCCGAGCCAGGUAUACCUGCACUGCAGUCCCAAGAUCGAGGGUACGAUUCCGUACCUUCAGAACAUGUCGAUCGUACAGGUGCAGGCCUAAGGAUAAACUGUUUUCGUAAAUCUCUACUUCCGCGUCUCUUAUCGUUUCCCGUUGUCAAUAUUCAUUCUAUUUAGCUACUGAACUGAGUUGAAAAAAAAAAAAUGAUAGCAAACAGUUGCAGAAGCUAACUAAUAGCUGUGUGUACAGGUAUUGUGGAACUGAAAAUUAAAUAGAUUUCUUAUUGGCAGUGAUUAUGGAAUUGAAAGAUGAAACAGGAAAUUUCACACAUCAAAUGCUGGAAGGAAAUAAUAUUUCUCAGUGGUAUAGAAUUGUUUCCUGUCAAAUGGAUUGUUUUUUUUGCACGCUCUCAGCAUUAUUCAACGAUUCCACAUAGUAAAUUUCAUCAAAUGAUGUUCGUCAACAUACAAUGAAGAAUUACUUUACAUAGCAAAUGAUU